CCCUAAAACACUAAAACCAACAAAGAUACAUAGACAUGUCUUCAUUUUUCCCAAACCCCAUUUUCUUGCAAGAAUCAAAAUCCAUGUCAAGAUCCCAAUCAAGAAAACUACUACUCCACACCCCUUUACUCCCCCCACCCACCCCACCCCCCACCCCACCCUCCCCGUUACAACCUAAGGACACCAACACCUUCGAUGCCAACGUCGUCAUGGUCCUCUCGGUUCUUCUUUGUGCCCUUAUUUGCUCACUCGGCCUCAACUCGAUCAUCCGGUGCGCCCUCCGGUGCUCGACAUUUGCAGCCGGGGCUGAGCCCGGGAACACCACAGCCGCCCGCCUCGCCAACACCGGAGUCAAGAAAAAGGCCCUCAAGAGGUUCCCGACGAUAAGCUAUGGGAAUGAUCUCAAGCUUCCGGGACUCAAUACCGAAUGUGUUAUAUGUCUGUCCGAAUUCGCCCCCGGAGAUAGGGUUAGGGUUUUGCCCAAGUGCCAACAUGGAUUCCAUGUUAGGUGUAUCGAUAAGUGGCUUAAUUCGCACUCGUCUUGCCCGACUUGCCGGUAUUGCCUCAUCGAGACGUGUAAUAAGAUUGUCGGAUGUAGCGCUGCCGCCGCCGCCGCCGGUGCGUCGACUGCCGAGGCGGCGGUGGCGGCGCCGCCACCGGAUCAAGAAGUUGUGGUGAGAAUUGAGCCUCUACAACAUGAAGGUUUGAUUAGAAAUCAUCUUCAAAAUUAGAUACUGGAAAAAAUGGAGGGAAAGGAAAAUGUAGUGAUGUGUUAGAUAAUUUGUAUAUAAUUAAUGUAGCAUUUGGGAUUAGUAUAUAUUUUUUCAUAGAAAUUUAAAUCUUGGUUUCUAAUUAUCUCAUUAGUUUUUGUUGUGUAUAAUUC